CACCCAGUCAAAAUGGCCGCCAUCAUGAACAUCUCCGCCUCCGCGCGCGUCGCCCCCAAGGUGCAGCUCCGCUCUGCCUCCUCCAAGGCGCUCAAGGCCAAGCCCGCGUUCGUCGCCAAGGCUUCCUUCCGCGUCAACGCCGCCGCGUCCGACGACACCCUCACCAAGGUCCGCACCAUCAUCUCCGAGCAGCUCGGCACCGACCUCGAUGCCGUCGCCGCCGACGCCAAGUUCGUCGACCUCGGUGCCGACUCCCUUGACACCGUCGAGAUCAUGAUGGCGCUUGAGGAGCAGUUCGAGAUCACUCUCGACGAGGAGGGUGCGGAGAAGAUCGCCACCGUCCAGGAGGCCGCCGACAUGAUCCAGGAGCAGAUGGCCUAAGCGCGCAAUAACGCACGUUCGUCGUAGUUGCUAGCAAUCUGACAAACCUUGGAGUGAUGAAAUCAAAAAAGAUUUUUUCG